AUGUUGCAAAUUGAAAGAGUUGUUUCGAAUAAGGGAAAUGGCGAUAUUGUCAAGGAGAUUAUUACUCAUAAUGUCGAUGAGGAGAUCACUGAGUUGAACUUGAUUCGCCAUCGAAUUCUGCGUAUUUGGCAGUUUGAGAAUACGCCGAAAAUUGAAAAUCUCUCUCUCCGUUGGAAUUUGCUCAAAAAAAUCGACAGCCUUCAGUGUCUCACUGCACUGACUCAUUUGAACUUGAACGACAACCAAAUCGAGAAGAUUGAGAAUUUGGAAACGCUGAAAAACGUGGAAUUUCUCGACAUCUCGUACAAUAGAAUCACUCGAAUCGAGGGGAUUUCCGAGUUGAAGAAAUUGAAAGAAUUGCAUUUGGUUCAUAACAAAAUUACGAAGAUUGAGGGAUUGGAAGAGAACACGGCGUUGGAAUACUUGGAACUUGGUGACAAUCGAAUCGCAAAAAUCGAUAACUUGGGGCAUUUGAGCAAUCUGAAACGUCUUUUCCUGGGAGCGAAUCAAAUCCGAAAAAUCGAGGGAUUAGAGGGAAUGAGUGGGUUGACUGAGUUGAGUCUCCCGGGAAAUGCUCUACAAGUCAUCGAGGGUCUCGACACGCUUUCCGGAUUACGGUCGUUGUGUUUGGCACAGAAUGGAAUUCGAAAAAUUGAUGGAUUGAGCGAGUUGAAGAGCCUCUUCUCGUUGGAUUUGAACGAUAAUAUAAUUGAGAAAUUGGAGAAUACGCAACAAGUGAAGGGGAUCACUAGUUUGAUGUUGAGAAAGAAUAAAUUCGAUUCGUGGCAAGACCUUAUCCAACUCCAAAACCUCGAAAAUUUGGCGUCUCUGACGAUGGAAAUGAAUCCGAUUUAUAGCUCGGACUACACUUAUCGCAAUCGAAUGAAUCAAAUCCUUCCAAAACUGAAAAUGCUCGAUGGAUUCCCGACUACUUGGCGUCAAGGAGACCCCUAUCAGGCGCUUCCCGAUGACUUUUACGAUGUAUUCGAACGUCUUUCGGCUGUCUAA